CCGGUUAUGGCGGCGGCGAUGUGUGUUUGUCCAUGAGGCGGGUAGCGCGAGCUAUUCUCACGGACUGAACUUGAACGAAAGCAGCGAUGGCGGGUGUAUUCGACAUCGAUUUGGAUCAGCCGGAGGAAAAUGUCUCCGACGAUGAGCUCGAGGAGGUAAUUCUGUCGGGUGCUCGAUUCUGUCGGGUGUGGUUGCACGAGUAUUCGAUGUAACUGCUAAUAGCCAUGCUAGCUAGCUUACUAGGUAGCCAUAGGCCUGUCGUCUUGGUUUGUUGCCAAUGCUUUAGGCCAAAUUUUGACAACGCUACCAUUCUAGCUAGCCACACAGAUCAGCCAGCUAAGUUAACACAUGAGCUGUCACUUGUUCUCAGCUGUUGCGAGAUAGUUGUUAUACAUUGAAUUACGACAUUUGCAUACGUAAUGCUUUAUACUAAUAUUGAAUAUUAAAUUUUCAAACUUACUAGACAGAGUCUGUGUGCAGCAAAGGCAAGCGUGCUUUGGUUGCUGGCGUGCAACAGUUUAUUUUGGCAUUUUGCAAUUUGGAACAAUAUGGACUGGAGGUCCUUAUGUGUACACACAGGCAGAUCCCAAAUUGGACAAUAUUUUAAUCAUGGGUUAUAGUGGACAUGCACAGUUCUGAUAGGUCUAUCUAUUAACAAUUUGUGAUAACUAGCUAGUGAGUUGACUGUAUAGGGCCGUGUUUACAUAUGAACGAACUGUAUUCAUGUUCUGACAGUUAGCUACCAAGAAUGACAACUCAAUUGAACAUUUCAUGUUCAGUGCCCUUCGGCAAUGAUUUUGUGCAACACUGAAUAUCACGUCACAUAUUUUUGGGGUGUAAAAUAUCUACCUCCAUAAAGAUUUGUAAACAUUUUAUGACAUAAUAAACGUAAAUUAGGGGUCAAUUACAAGGCUGUCAAGAUAAAGAAAAGCAGGUUACAGCUCAAGAUCCGCUAUCCAGGGUUCUGAAAUAAAUGUAAUGAUGGUAUGCUCUCGCAUGUUGGCCUAUGUUGAGUUAAUGUUUUAGCUAAUAUUGCAUUGAUUUCAGUUGAUGUCCUUCCAUCUUGCGUCUAAGAUUGAACACUUUUAUAAUAUAAUCAACAUUCCUGUUGAAUCUAAUGAGAUGCUACUGCGGUUCUAUGGCUCUGCAGUGAUUUCAGUAACAACGCAGAUUUGUUUUUACAAUGUGCUAAUUUACAUUUUCUGUCAUAGGCUCAGAUCAACGAUUUCAUGGACCAGUGCAGCGGCUUUGAAUUGUAAGUGUUGACACUUAGCAUUAUGAAGGCCUGGUCGAUUAAAUCAUUCUGUUGAACAGUUACAGUGUUGAACAGUUCCUGAGUGGCGCAGUGGUCUAAGGCACUGCAUCGCAGUGCUAACUGUGCCACUAGAGAUCCUGGUUCGAAUCCAGGCUCUGUCGCAGCCGGCCGCGACCGGGAGACUCAUGGGCGGCGCACAAUUGGCCUAGCGUCGUCCAGGGUAGGGGAGGGAAUGGCCGGCAGGGAUGUAGCUCAGUUGAUAGAGCAUGGCGUUUGCAACGCCAGGGUUGUGGGUUCGAUUCCCACGGGGGGCCAGUAUAAAAAAAUGAUGUAUUCACUAACUGUAAGUCGCUCUGGAUAAGAGCGUCUGCUAAAUGACUAAAAUGUAAAUGUACAGUAAUUUUACCGUGUUUCGGUCAGUGUAUUUAAAGUGAGCAUAUAGUUACUUACAUACAUUACUUCUUUCCCCAGCAAUAUGGACGACUGUGAGAAGAUUGAGAUAUCUGAGGACAACGUCAACCAAGGAACAGAGAACAUCAGGCCAGAGUGUUUUGAGCUGCUGCGGGUGCUGGGAAAGGGCGGUUAUGGAAAGGUAUCCUCUUAUUCAAAUGUUUUUUCAUAGGCUUACUUUAAUGAAGUAUUAUUGAAAUUCCAUAUCACACUUGUCAUUAUUUGGCCUGGCCCAUUGUGUUGAACUGGUUAUUACCUUCUUCUUUUUUAGGUUUUUCAAGUUCGAAAAGUUGCUGGAGCAGCAUCGGGGAAGAUAUUUGCAAUGAAGGUUUUAAAGAAGGUACCUAAAAACAACAUUCAAACACAUUUACAUUUAGUACAUCAUUGGCAGCAUGCAUAGCCCUCAAGUGUCUCUCAAUUUUGUCUCAAACUUAGUAAAUAUGCAAAUUAACUAAUUGUUUAAUUGUUUUAUGUUGCUUCAGUGUGCAAAUAUUUCCUUGAAGUCUUUUGGUGGGUAAGGUCUUGUUGGUAGUUGCCAUCUUCGCUGCUGCAGACUUGGCUGUUAAUAAGCUGUCUCAGACCAUUUGACUUAGCACAAUAGAUAGUGCUUUUGCUUGAUCGGUGAAAGGGACUUUAAUGACCGAUGCAGUCACAUACCACUUCAUCAAGAUUUGUCCACCAAGCUAUGCUACAAAAAUGCACCCAAAAGCCAAUUGCUUAAUUUCAAACAGAAAUGUUCUAAGCAACACUGAGUUACAUGUUAGUGCAUUCUUGACAGUGGCGGCUUGUCUUGAACUAAUAAUUAAAUGUAUUUUAUCAUGCGGCUUUUGAAAUGGCAGACUAGCGGUAAUAGCAUGACUAAUGGUCAUGAAUGUUUUGGGGCCUCGCAGGCUAUGAUUGUACGCAACGCUAAGGACACGGCCCACACCAAGGCAGAGAGGAACAUCCUGGAGGAAGUGAAGCAUCCUUUCAUCGUGGAUCUCAUCUACGCCUUCCAGACGGGGGGCAAGCUGUACCUCAUCCUGGAGUACCUCAGUGGUCAGUAAAUCAGGGGUCACACAGGCAGUUUCACCAGAAGAUAAACAACCAUCCAUUCUUUCCACACUCUUCCUGUUGCCCAAGAGUUGCUGGGAAGUCGGUCUGAAUCUCCUUCCACAUUAGCAGUCCCAGUCAUGCAGAUGGUUUCUCUUCUUAAACCAAAGGAUGGUUUCACCAAAAUUAUGAUUCAAAUAAUCUGAAUUGGUUGUCACACACAGGACGUUGGCCUUUACAUACUUUACAUCAACACUUAAUGGGCCUCUGCUCAUUGCAUCUAACCAUAAUGUAUGUAAUAGUGUCUACAUCCUGUCUACCAUCCCAUCCUGUCUGUGCACCUCUAGAGUUACAGAGAAUAAUGCACACUAUUGUAUGUGAAAUUCAGUCAAUGUCAGGAUUCAAAAUGUAAAUGGAUGAAAGAGUUAAUUUGGUGUAGUCUCCCCACAAUUAUUUUGUGCAACACUACAAUUGUUUCAGUUUUAUUUCAUUUUGUUGUAAUUUUCAGGUGGAGAGCUGUUUAUGCAACUGGAAAGAGAGGGGAUUUUUAUGGAAGACACGGCCUGGUGAGUAGAGAUUAUGAAAGGCAAUGUAGUCAUACCAGUGGCAGUUUUCUUACAUCCACUGUAGUAAGACAAGUCUUUGGAAUAACCUACACCAGUAUGUUAGUUGGUGAAAGGGAAAAUGCAAUUUACAAAAGCAGUAAACUGAAGAUUAGGUUACCAGGUGUUGGCUGUGCCUGGCACAGAAAAUAAUUUAAUAAAAAUCAUUAUAGUGUGUAUAUACAAUGUAAAUGUGGUUUCUUUCUUAUCUGCAGCUUUUACCUGGCAGAAAUCUCCAUGGCUCUGGGCCAUCUGCACCAGAAAGGCAUCAUCUAUAGAGACCUGAAGCCUGAAAAUAUCAUGCUUAACAACCAAGGUAAUGCUGGAGCUGGGCAAGGAUGUCAGAACAAAUGUUCUGAGUUGCAAUCAUGUUCACUGCAAGUCAGACAAUAUUUGAUGCUACAUUACAUUUACAUUUUAGUCAUUUAGCAGACGCUCUUAUCCAGAGCGACUUACAAGAGCAAUUAGGGUUAAGUGCCUUGCUCAAGGGCACAUCGCCAGAUUUUUCACCUAGUCGGCUAGGGAUUAGAACCAGCGACCUUUUGGUUACUGGCACAACGCUCUUAACCACUAAGCUACCUGCCGCCCCAUUAGAAGUAAUGUAUGUAAGUAACUAUAUGCUCACUUUAAAUACACUGACCGAAACACGGUAAAAUUACUGUAACUGUUCAACAGAAUGAUUUAAUCGACCAGGCCUUCAUAAUGCUAAGUGUCAACAUUAGAAGUUAAUACAUCCACAUUUGUGCUUGUAUUUGCACUUCAUGUCAGACAUUAGGGCUGGGAAUUGCCAUGGACCUCAUGAGAUGAUAUUAUCAUGAUACUUAGGUGCUGAUACGAUAUGGAUUGCGAUUUUCACGAUUCUAUAUGUAUUGUGAUUUGAUACGGCGAUUUUAUUGCAAUUUGGUGUUCCAAAAAUAUCGCUCGCUAUAAGUCUGCUGCAGAGCAUGAGAAAACAAGCUAUAGGAUGAAAAACACGAGUUUUUGCGCAGGUACAGCUGACUAGCGCUAGCUAAUGCUACCUACAGUAGCAUUAAAAAAAAUAUAUAUAUAUAUAUAUAAAUUGAUACUUGGAGUCAAAUAUCGAUAUAGUAUCGUCCAAAAGAAUAUUGCGAUAUGUAACUAUUGAUUCCCCCUCCCCAUCAAUAUAAGACAUAACAUUAUUCCGCAGUAAAUGUAAUUUACUAAAUGUUCUGCAUAUCCACCUCAAAGUGAAAUUGACUGAAAUGUUUCUGUGUUGUGUUUUUCCAGGGCAUGUGAAAUUGACUGACUUUGGUCUGUGUAAAGAGUCCAUCCACGGCGGCACAGUCACCCAUACUUUCUGUGGCACCAUAGAGUACAUGUAAGUCACACUUUGUCACACUGUUCUUCAUGUAAAUCAGUUGAAAGCUGUGCUAUUUUUAUCUAUUGAUUGCCUCAGUAUAUCAUGAAAAGAUGUAUACAAAAUGUUUUGUGUCAGGGCUCCAGAGAUCCUGAUGAGAAGUGGACACAACAGAGCAGUGGACUGGUGGAGUCUCGGAGCGCUUAUGUACGAUAUGCUGACUGGAGCGGUGAGUGCAAAACUUCUCUCAUAGCCUCCUGCUUAUAAUGAUGUGGUAAUACAACAACUUCUGUUACAAUCAAGUGGUGUUGACCCAAGGUUAUUGUUUUGUUUUUUCUUCAAAUGUAGCCACCCUUCACUGGUGAAAACAGGAAGAAGACCAUUGACAAAAUCUUAAAAUGCAAGCUGAACCUCCCACCCUACCUCACACAAGAAGCCAGAGAUCUCCUGAAAAGGGUGACUUUUUGUUUAACAAAUUGUAUCUUUUUAUUUUCAUUUUUGUAAUCUCAUAUGUAUUUAUACAUGUUCUUGUUUUUCAGCUGCUGAAGAGAAAUGCCUCGUCAAGACUUGGAGCAGGGGCCGGAGAUGCUACAGAGGUGCAGGUGAGAACAAGAGAAGGAGUGGAACAUUUUUGCAUGGAGUGACUUGAUGCUGUCAAGAAGAAACUGUAACCUCAACCUUGAGGGCAGGAGAGUUCGAGAUUCAACCCCAUUCUGGCAAGCGCCACUUUCUGUCUCAAUCCUUUGAUCACAAUACAACAGAAGAUGACCCUAAAUAGAAGUGUUCACAAGUGAGAGGCGACAGGGAAGUAUUGAAAUUAAAAAGCUAUUGUUAUAAUUAUUUUCUGAUGAUCUUUCCUUAGGCUCAUCCCUUCUUCCGACACAUUAACUGGGAAGAGCUCCUGGCCAGGAAAGUGGAGCCUCCAUUCAAGCCUUUUCUGGUAAGCAGCAGAAGAGCUUCUGUUUUAGACAUCCUUUCAAGCUCUCACAGGCUUUAGACUGUAACACACCUGAUCUCUUGUAUCCAAAGCAAUCCGCUGAAGACGUGAGCCAGUUUGACUCCAAGUUCACCAGCCAGACACCAGUAGACAGCCCAGACGACUCCACGCUCAGUGAAAGCGCCAACCAAGCCUUUCUGGUAAAACGGCUACAUACUUUGUUUCUACAGCUUUUUCUUUUGUUGUUACAUGUACAUUCUAAAGACAUUUUAUACUGAACAAAAAUAUAAACGCAACAGGCAACAAUUUAAGUGAUUCUACUGAGUUACAAUUCAUAUAAGGAAAUCAGUCAAUUGAAAUAAAUUAAUUAGGCCCUAAUCUAUGGAUUUCACAUGACUGGGCAGUUGUGCAGCCAUGGGUGGGCAUGGGAGGGCAUAGGCCAACCCACUUGGGAGCCAGGCCCACUCACUGGGGAGCCUGGCCCAGCCAAUCGGAAUAAGUUUUUCCCCACAAAAGGGCUUUAUUACAGACAGAAAUAGUCCUCAGUUUCAUCAGCUGUCCGGGUGGCUGGUCUCAGACGAUCCCGCAUGUGGAGGUCCUGGGCUGGCGUGGUUACACAUUGUGUGUGGUUGUGAGGCCAGUUGGAUGUACUGCCAAAUUCUCUAAAAUGACGUUGGAGGCGGCUUAUGGUAGAGAAAUGAACAUUAAAUUCUCUGGCAACAGCUCUGGUGGACAUCCCUGCAGUCAGCAUGCCAAUCGCACACUCCCUCAAAACUUGAAACAUCUGUGGCAUUGUGUUGUCCCCAGCACAAGGUGAACCUGUGUAUUGAUCAUGCUGUUUAAUCAGCUUCUUGAUAUGCCACACCUGUCAGGUGGAUGGAUUAUCUUGGCAAAGGAGAAAUGCUCACUAACAGGGAUGUAAACAAAUUUGUGCACCGAAUGAGAAAAAUAAGCUUUUUGUGUGUAUGGAAAAUUUCUGGUAUCUUUUAUUUCGGCUCAUGGAACAUGGGACCAACACUUUACAUGUUUAUAUUUUAGUUCAUACAUGGCAUACAGUGGGGGAAAAAAGUAUUUAGUCAGCCACCAAUUGUGCAAGUUCUCCCACUUAAAAAGAUGAGAGGCCUGUAAUUUUCAUCAUAGGUACACGUCAACUAUGACAGACAAAUUGAGAAAAAUUUUUUCCCAGAAAAUCACAUUGUAGGAUUUUUUAAUGAAUUUAUUUGCAAAUUAUGGUGGAAAAUAAGUAUUUGGUCACCUACAAACAAGCAAGAUUUCUGGCUCUCACAGACCUGUAACUUCUUCUUUAAGAGGCUCCUCUGUCCUCCACUCGUUACCUGUAUUAAUGGCACCUGUUUGAACUUGUUAUCAACCUCAAACAGUUACACUCCAAACUCCACUAUGGCCAAGACCAAAGAGCUGUCAAAGGACACCAGAAACAAAAUUGUAGACCAGCACCAGGCUGGGAAGACUGAAUCUGCAAUAGGUAAGCAGCUUGGUUUGAAGAAAUCAACUGUGGGAGCAAUUAUUAGGAAAUGGAAGACAUACAAGACCACUGAUAAUCUCCCUCGAUCUGGGGCUCCACGCAAGAUCUCACCCCGUGGGGUCAAAAUGAUCAGAAGAACGGUGAGCAAAAAUCCCAGAACCACACGGGGGGACCUAGUGAAUGACCUGCAGAGAGCUGGGACCAAAGUAACAAAGCCUACCAUCAGUAACACACUAUGCCGCCAGGGACUCAAAUCCUGCAGUGCCAGACGUGUCCCCCUGCUUAAGCCAGUACAUGUCCAGGCCCGUCUGAAGUUUGCUAGAGUGCAUUUAGAUGAUCCAGAAGAGAAUUGGGAGAAUGUCAUAUGGUCAGAUGAAACCAAAAUAUAACUUUUUGGUAAAAACUCAACUCGUGUUUGGAGGACAAAGAAUGCUGAGUUGCAUCCAAAGAACACCAUACCUACUGUGAAGCAUGGGGUUGGAAACAUCAUGCUUUGGGGCUGUUUUUCUGCAAAGGGACCAGGACGACUGAUCCGUGUAAAGGAAAUAAUGAAUGGGGCCAUGUAUCGUGAGAUUUUGAGUGAAAACCUCCUUCCAUCAGCAAGGGCAUUGAAGUUGAAACGUGGCUGGGUCUUUCAGCAUGACAAUGAUCCCAAACACACCGCCCGGGCAACGAAGGAGUGGCUUCGUAAGAAGCAUUUCAAGGUCCUGGAGUGGCCUAGCCAGUCUCCAGAUCUCAACCCCAUAGAAAAUCUUUGGAGGGAGUUGAAAGUCUGUGUUGCCCAGUAGUUACAUAGCAAGAAUAAAGUAAUAUAUAUUUGGAUGUACUCAUACAUUAUACAACGUGUUUUCAGUCAUAACUAUUAUAGAACAUGAGCUUUUAAACCCACCCCUCAGCUACUCUCAGUCCAUCUCACCUAUCUCCGUAAACCGCCCUCUUAUGAUUUCCAUGUGCCAUAUAUUUUUCAACUGUGCUGUGAUGUUUCACAUAAAUUCUGAACCUGUCUAAUCGCAUAGUACAUGUGUUGGUGUUAAGUGUUCAUUUUGCUCAUAAUACAAAAUCAUAAUAUGACAGCGUUCACCUUAAUUUCUCCUUAAUACAUUUGUAGGCAGUACUGGUGACCAUAACCCCUCUGUCAUUGCUUCUGCAGGGCUUUACGUAUGUUGCUCCAUCAGUACUGGAAAACGUCAAGGAAAAGUUCUCAUUCGAGCCAAAAAUCCGCUCACCCCGACGGUUUUUGGGGAGCCCAAGAACACCAGUCAGGUAUUCCAUAGUUUCAGCCACUUCGGCUGUUCCUACAUAGCUUGUACAGUAACAUUGAAUAUGCCACAUCACCACAGUAUGUCCCCUAUUCCUUUUCAGCCCUCUCAAGUACUCUGCUGGUGACGAGUGGCCCCGGGGCCCCUUGAUGCCCGGCGGAUCCUCUCUAUGUCUCCAAUCGCCCCAGGAGCAGGUCAUGGAGGUAUCAACCCCAGAACAAAUGGAGGUGCAGGCUAGCUCUGAGGCCUCGGCCCCCCUGCCCAUCCGCCAGCCUACGGGGGCCAACCUGUCCCAGUUCAAACAACAGGCCUACCCUGUCAUGGCCAAGCGGCCCGAGCAUCUACGCAUUAACCUAUGACCAGCAGUUCAUCUUAGAGUAUUAUAUUUACUUUGUUGAUUUUUAUUUUUUUAUUUUUUUUAAAGAUAAGGACACUACAGACAAUGAAACAUUCAAUUUCACUUCUACACACACACCAUCACUACCUGAAGUCUCCCUCAGGCUGUAACCAGUGUGCUGCAGCUGAGCUCUGCAGACUAGGCCACUCCCUCAGGUCCCCUUGACCUCUUCACCCUGACCCCUAGCAGGACUGGACCAGUGGGAAGGGGCAUCACUUUGGAUCUUUAACUUUUUUUUAUUACUCCAUCCUACCGUGAAAAAAAGGAAUGAGACAAAAUGUAUCAAAUGUGACCCAUCACAUUUCACACUAACGUGCAGUAUAUAAAACAUCAUCCAAAGUGCUUCAUGUUAGAUGAUCGAAUGCUGAUGAGGAAUGAAUUGCUUCCACUGUACACUUGGGAGAUUUUACAGUAUUUCUUGUAGAUUGCUUCCUGGCUCAGAAUGAAAUCAUGAAUUAUUGUUAAUUGAAAAAUAUAUAUGAUUGGGAGGGGUAUCAAUAAGCUGAGGUUCUGAACAUAGCUUUAUGUCUUAAGUAUUUUACAAAAGGAAUGCAGCUACUGUGCUAUAUCAAUGAUGGAUCAAUUCAUGAGGGCCUCAAUAAAAACAAUGUUUACUUUCUUUCACUUU